AUGGAGGGGAAGGGGAAAGGACGUGGGGUUCGGGGUUGGGGGAAGGGGAAAGGACGCGGGGUGGAGGUGGGGGGAAGGGGAGAGGCGGAGGGGGGAGGGGGAAGGGGACGGCGGCUGUCACUGUUGCCUCGGCUAAUAUUAUUGUUUCUGCUUGUUGAUUUAUUGGGGGUGGGAGAAGGGAAUACGGGAAGGGGGAGGGGACGGGUGGGGACGCUGGGUGGGGGGAAGGGGGAGGCAGUGAGGGGGAGGGGAGGGGGAGGGGAAAAGGGGGAGGGGGACAGCGGUGACGUUGGUGGUGGUGUUGGUAGUGGUGGAGUGGCAGUGGGUGUUGAUGAUGAUGAUGAUGGUGAUGAUGAUGCUGAUAAUGGUGGUGGAGUGGCAGUUGGUGGUGGUGGUGAAGAGGAAUGA